ACCCACUUGCCCCUCUGUUUGAGAGAGAGAGAGAGAGAGAGAGAGAGAGAGAGAUCUGCUCUGGGUAGCAAUUUUUUUUUGGCUUCAUCCAACGGCUCUCUCUCUCUCUCUCUCUGGUUUGUGUGAGGAAGGGUCUGGUUUGGGUAGCCCUUCUUUCUUUGGGGUCGAAUCCCUUUCUGCAGUUUCUGGGUUGGAGGCAUUGCAGGGCAAAAAAAAAAAAAAAAAAAGUAGGCUGGAGGAAUCGAUCAUGGGUUCUGUAAUAGUGGAACCGGAAGACAUAUCUUUGUUUGGUGGCCAAUCUACCUCCUCGUCACCAUCCUCAAUCAGGAACUUAACCACCAUCUGUCUCUCUGUUGGAAGGAUCCAUUCACGAGGCAUCUUCUUCGGCUACAAUCCCCUGCAUUACUCUGCUCCUCUUCUGCUGCUGCAGCUCUCUAUUGCCUCUGCUGUCAUCCUCAUCACUUCUGCUCUUCUCAAGCCCCUUGGCCAACCCAUCAUGGUUUCCCAAAUAUUAGGUGGUAUAAUCCUAGGUCCAUCGUUUCUAAGUCGGAGCGACGAAUUCAGGAAGAUCCUUUUCCCGGCGAGAGGUCUCGUAGUCCUCGAUGCGAUUUCUGCCUUCGGGUACAUGUUUUACUUCUUCCUGAUUGGAGUCCAAAUGGAUCCAUGGAUAUUGAAGAAGGUGGACAAGAAAACAUUCUCCAUUGGGAUGUUUGCAGUGGCAAUUCCCUUGCUACUGAGCAUUUCUUUGGCCUUCCUCCUCCUGCAAUUUAUCAGCAUGGACCCAAAGGUGGCCGCCUCGCUUCCCACCGUAGCCCAAGUAGAAUCCGUUCUCGCCUUCCCGGUGAUUGCGCACUACCUUGCUGGGCUCAAGAUCAUAAACUCCGAGUUUGGGAGAAUGGCACUCACUUCCUCCAUGGUCAGUGGCGUGCUCAGCUUCUCAGUCAUAACCAUCACAGUGCUCAUGACCCAACAAUCUCACAGCAAGUUCAGAAUUUUCCAAACCAUCUUUACCGGCAUUGCGCUUGCGGUGGUCAUCUUCUUGGUAGUUCGACCUGUAGUGGUAUGGAUGAUAGGGCGGAAUCCGCCGGGUGAGCCGUUGAGCGAGGAGCAAAUCUAUGCCCUGCUUGUUGGUGUGCUGGUGGCUGGUUUUCUCAGCCACGCCACCGGUCUGAACAUCUUCUUUGGUCCUCUUGUUCUUGGGAUGGCCAUCCCGCCAGGGCCGCCGAUUGGUUCAGCCUUGGUGGAGAAGCUUGAUCUCAUGAUCUCCUGGAUGUUCAUGCCACUGUUCUUCGUCAAGGCUGGAUUGGUGAUCAAUGUGUUCGCCGUCGAGCUCAAGAAUUUCUUGAUCGUGCAGUUUGUCAUUCUCAUUAGCUGCACUGGCAAGUUCAUGGGAGCAUUUUUGCCUGCUCUUUUCUGCAAUAUGCCAUUGAGGGAUGCAGUUGCAAUUGGUCUUGUCAUGAACGCGCAGGGUGUUCUUGAGCUCGGUUUGUUUAAAAUGAUGAAGAAAGUAAAGGCAAUAGACAAUGAAGCAUUUUAUGUAAUGUGCACCUCCAUGGUGCUUGUAACUGGAGCCAUCACACCCAUUAUAAAACGCCUGUAUGAUCCUUCCAGGAGGUACACUGUGUACCAAAGGCGAACCGUGAUGAACUCAAGGCUUGACUCUGAACUCAGAGUACUCGUCUGCAUACACGACGAAGACGGCGUCCCGGCCACCAUCAACCUCAUCGAAGCCUGCAAUCCCACCAAGAGAAGCCCCAUUGUCAUCUACCUCCUCCACCUCGUCAAGCUUGUCGGCCGCCCCAACCCCAUUCUUAUCCCCUACAAGAUGUCCACAAGGCCUGGCUCCAAGUGCAGACCCUCAGAGCACAUUGUCAAUGCCUUCAGGUACUAUGAACAAACCAGCAACGGCCUCAUCUCGGUUCACCCUUAUACCGCAAUCUCCACCCACGCAAGCAUGCACGAUGACACAUGCCGAAUUGCGCUCGAUCGCAGGACUUCUCUCAUCAUAAUCCCUUUCCACAAGAGAUUGAAUGCCAAUGGCGCCACGGGCUCAUUCAGCAACUGCAUCAAAACUGUGAACAACAAUGUUCUUAACACUGCACCUUGCUCAGUCGCCAUCCUUGUCGACCGAGGGCUGGUAAACACCUCGAGGCCGAUGCUUGCCACUUGGUCCUCGUAUCGCGUGGCAGUUAUCUUCUUCGGAGGGGCCGAUGACCGGGAGGCACUCGCCUUAGGGGCUCGAAUGGCAGGACACCCAAACAUCAACCUAACAAUGGUGAGGCUGCUUGAGAAUGGGAACAUUAACAAUGCUGACACAAGGGAGAGGAGGCUAGACAAUGAAGUAGUGGGUGAGUUUAGGCUUAGCAUGGUUGGGAAUUACCGUGUAAUGUACAUGGAGGAGGUGGUGAUGGAUGCUUCAGGGACCGUUGCCGCGAUCCGAUCCAUGGAAGACAAUUAUGAGCUCCUCCUUGUUGGGAGACGCCACGAUCCAACGUCGCGGCUCAUGCGAGGGGUUAUGGAUCAGAACGAGCUCUCAGCGUUGGGAGUACUUGGAGAAGUUCUGGCCUCGGCAGAUUUUCAGGGCAACACCUCAGUCUUGGUGGUGCAACAGCACACCAAUGUGGUGGAAGAAGGCUAUGGAAAGCAGCAGAUAGGGAACAUAGAGGAGCAAGGCAGGAGAGAGGAGGAACAAGGAGAUCUUCAAAUUCAUAGGUCUGUCUAAUGAUUAUGCAUCAAGAAGGGGAAUCAUGAAUUUGAUCAGAUCAGUGUAGAUUAAAGGAUUGUAGUUAAAUAUUUGUACAUCA